AUGUGCCAGAACAAGACCAACACCAUGACCAUCAAGUCGAACAAGAAGCUGUCCUACAGCGUCAAGAAGCUGCUGCAGAAGAUCUUCAAGCAGCAGCAGGUCGCUCAGGAGGAGGAGGAGCAGAACCUCAAGAACACCAUCAAGGCCAACUCUCUGGAAUCUCUCGAAUCCAUUGAGAACAGCCGCAACGCUUCGCUGGAGUGUGCCUCCCUCGAGUCCUUCGAGAACGAGGCCAACGAGCGUCUCUCCCAGUCCUGCGACAUGGAGGACUACGAGUUCGAGCAACUGCCCACCGUGCCCGUUCACUUCGUCCGCACUGCCCAUGGCACCUUCUUCUGGACCGCCGUCUCCGAUCUGCCCGCUGACAACGAUCUCGUCGAGCCCCUCGGCUGCAGCACUGCCAACGAGGUGGCCGUUGCCCAGUUCCAGGAUCGUUGGGUUCAGGCCUAA